GCGAGGGUGGAGAUGAGAUCAUUGUUUAUGGACUUGACUAUAAAUAACAUUCUUAGAAUGAUGGCUGGGAAACGAUUCUAUGGUGACGGAACAGAGCAAGACGACAAUUCGCGGCGAGUGAGACAUCUGAUUGACGAGGUGGUGGCCAAGGCAGGCGCAGGCAAUGCUAACGAUUAUAUCCCAAUCUUGCGUCGGUUCACAAAUUUUGAAAAACAGGUCAAGAAGUUAGCUGGCCGAGUCGAUGAGUUCUUACAGAGUCUGGUGGGUGAGAAACGUGCUAAUAAAGAAAAGGGCAACACUAUGAUGGAUCACUUGCUUUCUCUCCAAGAAAUGCAGCCAGAUUAUUACACGGAUGUCACUCUGAAAGGAAUCAUAAUUGUUAUGAUUCUUGCUGGAACUGAAACAUUAACAGGGACGUUGGAAUGGGCCAUGUUGAAUUUGUUGAAUCAUCCAGAGGUAUUAAGGAAAGCAAGAAACGAAAUCGAUACCAAGAUCGGUUUUGACCGGUUAAUAGAUGAACCGGAUACUAAAAGUCUCCCUUAUCUCCAAGGGAUUGUGUUGGAGACCUUACGUCUUCACCCGGCAGCUCCGACACUUGUGCCCCACAUGACAUCAGACGAUUGCAUGUUGGCAGGGUACGAUGUUCCACAUGGGACAAUGCAAUUGGUAAACGUUUGGGCUAUGCAUAGAGACCCAUCUGUAUGGGAAGAUCCAGAAAUGUUCAAGCCAGAGAGGUUCGAAAAUGAAAAGGAAAAGCAAAAGGUGUUGUCGUUUGGGAUCGGACGACGAGCUUGGCCCGGGGUCGGGCUAACUCAUCGGCUAGUGACCUUGGCUCUCGGAUCGAUGGUUCAGUGUUUCGAAUGGGAGAGAACUGGAGAAAAGUAUAUUGAAACUAGAGAAGCACCCAUGAUGCGUCCAGCGACUCCCUUGCUAGCCAUGUGUAAAGCUCGUCCCAUUGUCCAUAAGACUCUCGAUGCUUUUGCUUGAAUGUUGUAACUUUCCUUGAAGGCUAACAUUCAAUGCUUUUGCUUGAGAGCUAAUUUGUCUUUAUGUUCGAAAAUAAUAUAAGAUCAUGUUUCAUU